GAAAGAAAGAAAGAAAGAAAGAAAAAGAAAGAAAAAGAAAAAAAGAAAGAAAGAGCAAGCAAAUAUAUUAGUCUUAACCUGCAAACCGUCUUUGGAGUCUGUUGUUCCUUUCUUUUUCACAUCUCAAGAGACUGAUGGUCUUAACUUCUCUUGUUCAGUGAGUCGCUUCGCUUUCCCCGUUGCUCCCUUUCAGCCCUCUGCCAGGGAUAAGCGCUUCCUAGAGGAAGUCUGAAGACCGUGCGGCUUCGAGCAUCCCACCCAAGAACACCACUCCCGCUGCCCGCGCGCCCCUGCCCAGCUAAGCGCGGGACCAGUGCCUGGACCCCUCUCCCUCCCCCUCUCCGCCGGUGCACCCAAGGGACUCGCAGUGCGGCCUGACGACCCGAGGGCGCUGGCCUCGGACAUUCAUAACACUGCGCCCUAGCACGCCCCCGGGCGGCGCCGAGGAGAAGGCUGCAGUUUCCUCCACGCGUGGUGGGCGCGGGUCGGAGGAGCCUCGAGCGCCUCCCAGAUGCUGCAGCCCAGCCGCCACUCCGGGAGCUGCGGGAGACCUGGGACGAGCCUGCCCUCGGUGCGUGCUGGGGACCAGAAGGGGGCUCUGGAUUUCGAUCCCUCCUCGUCUUUUCCUUCUGGGUCUCGGGACACUCCCACUCAGAUCCUCCUCCUCCCAGGUACAGGCCGGGAGUGGAGGACACAUCUCUCCUCCCGGCACCCCACCAUGGGCAAUAGGUCCAAUGGCUCCCGGUGGGAGGACUGCGAGACUCGACAGUGGCUCCCUUCCGGCGAAAGCCCAGCCAUCAGCUCCGUGAUGUUCUCGGCCGGGGUGCUGGGGAACCUCAUCGCGCUCGCACUGCUGGCGCGCCGCUGGCGGGGUGAUGCGGGGCGCAGGAAUUCCAUCUCCUUGUUCCACGUGCUGGUUACUGAGCUGGUGUUCACCGACCUGCUCGGAACCUGCCUCAUCAGCCCGGUGGUGCUGGCUUCGUAUGCAAGGAACCAGACCCUGCUGGCACUGGCGCCCGACGGCCACGCGUGCACCUACUUCGCCUUUGCCAUGACGUUCUUCAGCCUGGCCACGAUGCUUAUGCUCUUCGCCAUGGCCCUGGAGCGCUACUUAUCCAUCGGGCACCCCUACUUCUACCAGCGCCACAUCACGCGCCACCGCGGCCUGGCGGUGCUACCAGCCAUCUACACCGUCUCCCUGCUUUUCUGCUCCCUGCCGCUGCUGAACUACGGGCAGUACGUCCAGUACUGUCCCGGGACGUGGUGCUUCAUCCAGCACGGGCGGACCUCGUACCUGCAGCUUUAUGCCACCCUGCUGCUGCUGCUCAUCGUCGCGGUGCUCGCUUGCAACUUCAGCGUCAUCCUCAACCUCAUCCGUAUGUACCGCCGGGGCAGAAGAAGCCGCUGUGGGCCCUCCUUGGGCAGCGGCCAGGGCGGCCCUUCGACCCGCAGGAGAGGGGAAAGGAUGUCCAUGGCGGAGGAGACAGACCAUCUCAUUCUCCUGGCUAUUAUGACUAUCACCUUUGCCGUCUGUUCAUUGCCUUUCACAAUUUUUGCAUAUAUGAAUGAAACCUCUUCCCGAAAAGAAAAGUGGGACCUCCAAGCUCUUAGAUUUUUAUCAAUUAAUUCAAUAAUUGACCCUUGGGUCUUUGCCAUCCUUAGGCCCUCUGUUCUGAGACUAAUGCGUUCAGUCCUCUGUUGUCGAGUUUCAUUAAGAACACAAGAUGCAACACAGACUUCCUGCUCUACACGGUCAAAUGCCAGUAAAUAGACUGACCUUUGUGGACAAUAGCUAAGUGCUUAGUUAGCCAGCAUCUGGAAGAUCAUUUUGAACUGGUUCCUUGGAGAAAUGAAAAAAGUUAGUUUAUAAACAAAAUGAAGCUACCCUAAUAAAAGAGAGUAAACAAACA